GAAGUUUUAUCUCUUCGAGUUUUCUUUAGAAAUUAGAGAUCCCUCUUUCAUUCAAUGUCGGAUCCAGUCCAUUGUUUGGUGCAAAAGUGUACUGCACUAGACUUAAAAUCCCACCCGAUUCAAUCCAGCACUUACAAGCCAAUCCUAACCAGUCCAGGCCAGCCUAUCAAACGAGGCCUAAAGUAAUAUGUUGUUCGAGGGAAGGGCAAAUGUGGAUUAGGUCAAUUAACAUGGGGUUGGAUGGAAGCACGAAUGUAGAUUUGGUCAAUUAACUAGGGCAGUGAGCCCGUCAAGUUCGAAUCUCCUCCUUAUAAAUUAGAUUAGAGUGGUUAUCGCUUGUAGUAAAUAAAUAAAAAAGUUCGGAAGAGAGGUUCAAAUAGAAGCACCCCACAAAUACAGUGUGCUUAGAAAAUUAAAUCUCAGCCCUUAAUUACAUCGAACGGCCUGUAUUCCCACUCUGUAAAUUCGCACUCCGCAUAAGAGACUUGCUGUUAUUUUUUUUUCCCUCCCUCACCCACUUCUAACCAGAAGACCACAACUACGACUCUGCUCAUUCGUAAUGGGUCCUCUGACGCUAGCUGUGGAUUCAAAAAGCUGUUCAGGAACUUCAUCAGGAUAUGGUUUUGCAGAUGAAUAUAGCAAGAAAACGCAGUAUGCUCCUAUAGGAACACGGAAGUCUUUUGCAUCAGUCAGCUUGCAUGAAGAUAAGCCAUUUGAUUUCUUACGCACUUUAUUUGAGGGUGUUAUAGCAGGAGGUACAGCCGGUGUUGUUGUUGAAACAGCUCUAUACCCCAUUGAUACUAUAAAGACAAGACUGCAGGCUGCUCGUGGGGGAGGGAAAAUAGUCUUGAAGGGCCUUUAUUCUGGGUUAGCUGGAAAUCUUGCUGGUGUCUUACCGGCUUCUGCAAUUUUUGUUGGAGUCUAUGAACCUACGAAGCAGAAAUUGUUGAAGAUGUUUCCUGAAAAUCUAAGUGCUUUAGCUCAUUUUACAGCAGGGGCUUUUGGAGGCGUUGCUGCUUCACUCGUUCGUGUUCCGACAGAGGUUGUUAAGCAAAGGAUGCAAACUGGGCAGUUUACAUCAGCCUCUGAUGCUGUCCGCCUUAUUGCUUCUAAAGAGGGUUUCAAAGGAUUCUAUGCGGGAUACGGAUCGUUCUUAUUGAGAGAUUUGCCAUUUGAUGCAAUUCAAUUUUGCCUAUAUGAGCAGCUUCGGCUAGGUUACAAAGCGGCGGCAAAAAGAGAGCUCAAUGAUCCUGAGAAUGCUAUAAUUGGAGCUUUUGCUGGCGCAAUAACUGGAGCUGCAACCACUCCUCUUGAUGUGAUUAAAACCAGGCUAAUGGUUCAGGGAUCUGCAAACCAGUACAAAGGAAUCAUUGAUUGUGUUCAAACUAUUGUCAGGGAAGAAGGACCUCCUGCUCUUUUGAAGGGCAUUGGGCCAAGAGUUCUGUGGAUAGGCAUAGGUGGAUCGAUUUUUUUUGGUGUCCUUGAGCGUACAAAGCGGUUUCUUUCUCAGAGGCGACCAACACUUCCUGAAGACUCAAAGCAGGAUUAAAUUAGCAUUUAGAUAAACUAAGAGGCUUAUUUAUCGGCACUUGAACAGUUUUUUUCUAUUUUGUUUAAAAUGUAAAAUUUUUAUGAUAAACAAAUUAAGCUUCAUGUUUUUGUGUUUUGUUUUGUUUUUUGCAUUAAGCUUCAUGUUCGUAGUUUGAAAUGUUGGUGCUACUAGCUCAAUAUGGAGCCUGUCAGUUGCAGUCGAUUCGAAAAUGUUAAUAUUUAGCAA